AUUUUUUGCCGUGUCGCAUUGUUUCAUUAGUGAAACUGUGUUUGGCUGAUACAAAUGGCUUACAACUAUCCAAAAGCUCGCCGAGACGAGAGUAAGAUUGAAGACUAUCAUGGAACUAAGAUUGCAGAGCCAUACGAGUGGCUGGAAGACCCUGAUUCGGAAGAAACCAAAGCUUUCGUAGAGGCACAGAAUGCAGUAACAAUGCCCUAUCUGGAAAAAUGUAAAAUUAGGCAGAAAUUUCAUGAUAGGCUCAAAGCAAUGUGGGAUUUUCCCAAGUAUGGGUGUCCAUUCAAAAGAGGACCAAGAUAUUUUUAUUUUUACAAUACUGGAUUGCAGAACCAAAGUGUUUUAUAUGUACAAGAUUCAAUAGAAGCUGAGGCUAAGGUCUUUCUGGAUCCAAAUAAGUUCUCCGAUGAUGGCACUGUGGCUUUGCGAGGGUAUUCCUUCACAGAAGACGGGGAAUACCUGGCAUAUGGACUGAGUGAUAGUGGUUCUGAUUGGGUCACUGUCAAGUUUAUGAAGGUUGCUGGAUCCGAAGAGCUGCCGGAUAUUCUGAAAAGAGUUAAAUUUAGUUGUAUGUCUUGGACGCAUGAUGGCAAAGGACUCUUCUACAAUAGAUACCUUGAACAGGAAGGUAAGACCGAUGGCACUGAGACUACAGCCAACUUAGAUCAGAAACUCUGCUAUCAUAUACUGGGAACUGAACAGUCUAGUGAUGUACUGUGUGCAGAGUUCCCGGAUGAACCAAAAUGGAUGAGUGGUGCAGAACUCACCGACGAUGGCAGAUAUAUACUGUUGUCAAUUUCUGAGGGAUGUGACCCAGUCAAUAGGUUAUACUAUUGUGAUAUGAAGACAUUAACAGAUGGUAUCAAAGGAUUGAUUCCAUGGGUAAAACUAGUUGACAACUUUGAUGCGGAGUACGAGUACAUUGCGAAUGAAGGCACGCUUUUUACAUUCAAGACAAACUUAAAUUCUCCUCGGUAUAAACUUAUUAACAUCGAUAUCAGUAAACCAGAAAUGGAGAAUUGGAAGGAUUUAAUUUCUCAAGCUGAUACAGAUGUCUUGGAAUGGGCGUCAUGUGUUAAUAAUGAUAAAUUAAUGCUUUGUUAUCUUCAUGAUGUAAAGAGUCAACUGUAUCUACAUGAGUUGAACACUGGCAAUAGACUGACUACAUUCCCACUAGAUGUUGGUACAAUUACAGGAUACUCAGGAAAAAAGAAAGACCAUGAAAUAUUUUACCAGUUUACCUCAUUUCUGACGCCUGGUAUCAUCUAUCGCUGUGAUCUAUCAGCUGAUAAAUUAGAACCCUCAGUUUUCAGACAGAUUGAUGUGAAGGGAUUUGACCAGUCUCAAUUCCAAACUGUCCAAGUUUUUUUUAGCAGCAAGGAUGGCACAAAAAUUCCAAUGUUCAUUGUGCACCGGAAGGGAAUUGAACUUGAUGGUUCGCAUCCAGUCUUACUUUACGGCUACGGUGGUUUCAAUAUCUCCAUUACUCCCGGCUUCAGUGUGUCGCGUAUUGUGUUCAUACAGCAUCUUGGUGGUAUCUUAGCAAUUCCUAACAUCCGAGGAGGAGGUGAAUAUGGUGAGACGUGGCAUAAAGGAGGAAUGCUUGCUAAUAAACAGAACUGUUUUGAUGAUUUCCAGUUUGCAGCCCAAUGGUUGAUUGAAAACAAAUACACCUCAGCAAAUAAAAUAACACUAAAUGGAGGCUCCAAUGGAGGCUUACUGGUAGCGGCAUGUGCUAAUCAAAGACCUGAUUUAUUUGGCUGCAUCAUCAACCAAGUUGGUGUCAUGGACAUGCUGAAGUUCCAUAAGUUUACAAUAGGUCAUGCAUGGAUCACUGACUUUGGUUGCUCUGAGAAGAAAGAUAACUUUGAAUAUUUAAUAAAGUACUCUCCUCUUCACAACAUCAAAUCACCAGAUGGUGAUACCCAGUACCCAUCCAUGCUACUACUAACAGCCGAUCACGAUGACAGAGUAGUCCCCUUACAUUCAUUGAAGUAUAUUGCUGAACUACAACACACAAUGGGAUCAGAAUCCAAACAAACCAAUCCUCUGAUGAUCCGACUUGAUACCAAAGCUGGUCAUGGUGCCGGUAAACCCACAGCUAAAGUUAUUGAAGAAUACUCUGACGUGUAUGGUUUUAUAGCUGAGAACCUUAAGGUGGAAUGGAGGGAAGUAGAAUCCAGUGCACCCAAACUGUGAAAAUAAUGUACCUCUUGUUAUUAGUCCGAUGUGUGUGGCUUUUUACUUUGUCAGUUUCAUAUCAAAUG